GUUGUUUACACCGAUGGAAGGAAACCACCUCGAGAAAGGACUGCUCCCGGAAGCGUUCGUGCGGAACCACCGCUACCACUGGCCGGCGUCCACAGGAAUCAUCAUUGGUUGUUCGGACACUCGCCCCCUUCUCCGGACUGCCGGAAGGUAGAUGAAUGGGACAGAGUGUUCUUCAGUUAGACGAAAGCUAUUUUGGUGGUAAACAUGAAGAGCUUUCAGAGAUCCUAUUUUGAUAUGAAUGAGGUUGUAAUUUGAGGUUAUAUUCACAAGUAUUUGGUGGCAAUGACUAAUGUCCGAUUGCUUCGAAGGUUUGGAUACCGGUUGAUUGGUUCACUUUCAGCACCCAACCUAUUGCCAGUAGUUGAUGUUGGUAAUUAUCGACCGUUGUUCCAUGCAAGGGCUCAGGUGGUUGGUCAGGGUUCAUGCAAUAGGAACAGCAUUGAACCAGCAUACUGCUCUAAGUGCUGUUGUUCCUCCCAGGCUUCGGCAUCUUUUACAGAUGAAUCGAUUCUUGUCCGGGCUAGGGAUCCAUCUCAGCUAGCUUUAGAACUUGGGAACGCACUUGAUGAACGGAGAUAUGAAGAUGCCUGGAAUGCUUAUGAGCGGUAUAAACAGAUUGAAGGUUUUCCUAGAAAAUCUGUUAUCAACAAACUCAUCUGUUGUCUGGCUGAAAGCCAGGACCGCCAGUGGCUUGAUAAAGCUUAUGGUGUGACAGUCUUGGCUUUUGACGAGCAUAAAAGGAAUUUGUUGGAGAAAGACACUCUUCUUUUUCUUUCUUAUGUCCUUGCAAGGGCUGGAUUACCAGUCCCUGCAUCUACGAUUUUAAGGAAAAUGGUGCAGAUGGAGGAAUUCCCAUCUAUAAAUGCAUGGUCCUCUAUAGCAGCGUAUAUGUCAUUAUCUGCAUCUGGUGCUUGGCUGGCUGCUGAGAUGGUGCUUGAGAAGUGCCAUUUUUUUAAGGACAACAGAGUGGAUCCUCGAAAAAAGUCCAACAGUUUGCUGCUUGCCAUGAAACCUAAUGCUUUAGUGUUCAACAUUUGUUUGAGUGCUUGUCUGGUUCAUGGAUCUACAAGGAAAGCAGAACAGCUUCUAGAGAUGAUGCCUCGCAUUGGGUUGAAAGCUGACGUUACAUUAUUGAUUAUGAUGGCACACAUCUGUGAGAAAAAUGGGCGCAUUGAUGAAAUCAAGAAACUGAGGCGGCACAUAGAUGAAAGCUGUCAAAUUGGAGACCGUCAGUAUCAAGAGUUCUAUAACUGUUUGCUUACCUGCCAUCUGAAUUUUGGUGAUCUGAAAUCUGCAUCGGAGAUAGUUUUGGAAAUGCUCCGAAAGGCAAAGGAAGCACGAGUGUCUCUUAAGGCAGCCAUGUCAGUUGUAGAAGCCAUCGAAUCUCAUAAACAAGGAUAUCUGGAGAAAACUGGUACAGGUAACAGUCUAGGUGAUAAUUCAUUUUCAAGCUUUCCUAGGCCAACAGAAACUUCUCUGCCAUCAUUUGUUGACUUUUGUCAGGAUUGGAAGUACUUGAGACUUGAGACAGAGGCCAAAGCGUUGCUCUCCUUGCUAUUGCAUAGAAUAAGUAAUCAUGUUUACCUGGUGGGAUCAGAAAAUGGGAUUCUGUACCCAACAGAGAAAGUAUAUGCAAAGCUUGUCAGAGCCUUUCUGGAACUGCGGAAAGUAGCUGAUUUGGCUGCAUUUUUAAUUUCAGCAAAUAAAGAAGAGACUCCCAUGUCCAUAGAGAACUCCAUUCCUGUGCAAGUCAUUCAUGCUUGCAUCUCAGUUGGGAAACUGGAAGAGGCACAUGACCUUCUUGAUGAGAUGAGAGUUGCGGGCGUUAGAACUGGUUCUUCUGUCUAUUCGUCCCUACUUAAAGCCUAUUGUAGGUUGAAUAAAAUUGGUGAAAUCACAUGUCUCCUAAAUGAUGCACGAAAAUGUGGGGUCCAACUUGAUGCUAGUUGUUAUGAGGCUCUUAUUCAUACACAGGUGUCUCGGAAGGAUAUCCACGGUGCACUUGGACUCUUCAAGGAGAUGAAGGAGGCAAGGAUUUCAAGCAACAGUUAUGAUGGUUUUGACUCAGUGAUAAAAGAAUGUGAAGCUAGCGGUCAAUCAAAGUUGAUGGUAAAACUGUUAGAAGAAAUCAAUGAUGACCAAAAGUUGCAGUAUGGUGUGCAUGACUGGAACAAUGUGAUUCAUUUUUUCUGUAAGAAGCAGUUGAUGCAAGAUGCACGAAAGGCUCUGAAGAAGAUGAAGGCGCUUGGGCAUCUUCCAAAUGCACAGACAUUUCAUUCCUUGGUGACUGGAUACUCUGCCGUAGGGGGAAAAUACCAAGAGAUUGCGGAGUUAUGGGGUGAAAUGAAAAUGUUCCCUUCUUCUGCUAUCAGAUUUGACCAAGAACUGCUGGACUCUGUGUUGUACAACUUUGUUAGAGGUGGAUUUUUUCAGAGAGCUAACGAAGUAGUCAAUAUGAUGGAACAUACAGGCAUGUUCAUUGACAAGUUCAAGUACAGGCAACUUUUCUUAAAAUACCACCGAACACUUUACAAGAACAAAAAGGCUUCUAACUUCCAGACUGAAGCUCAAUGCAGGAAAAGGGAAGAGGCCUUAGUUUUCAAGAGUUGGGUUGGCUUGACCUGAACCAACCUACAUGUUCUCGGGGACUUGGAUAGCCAGUUUUUGAGGCAUACCAUAUAGCCGGAAGUUCAAGAACCCAACAUCAUCGCAGUCUCAAACUGGUUGUUCUAUUGUUGUUUUUUACUCCUGUUAUUAAUUCCUUCCUCAUAAUGCAUACUGGACACUCUAUAAACUGGCUGCAGCUUUCUGCAUUUGUGCAUAUAACAUAGCUGCUGGACAGUUGAAUUUCCAAUCUGGAAAAGGAGGUGUUCAUGAUGAUGAUAUAUGGAGCGCCAUUGAUCCUUAUGUUCCAUAGUUGUCCCAAUUUUCUACCGUGUCUAGGAAGGUUCGUCUGCUUUCCUCCAAAGGAAUGAACAUUUUUGGCUCAUUGUGGAAAAUGUGGAAAAAGAUUUAUUGGUUCUGGAACAUGCUGGUUUUCAUCAGGCAUCUAAAGAUGUAUGUCUAAUCGUUCUCAGUGUGUCUGAGGUUAUAGAUGUUUCCGGGAAAGGUCAAAAUAGCUGGCUGACUAACUUUUGUUGUGAAGACAGUUUAUAUGUCUUUGCAUGGACGCGCAUGCUCCUCACGAAAAGAAGGAUCUGGUUUGGUUUGGCCAUUGAUUUUCAUUCUGUGUAAUCACACCGUCCGUCACUGCAGAAAUGUUUUAGAUGUCUUCAUUGGGAAAAAGUUGAAAAGGCAAACCCUUGUGGCCUUCCAUAUCACGAGCUACCAGAACUCUCCUGAGUUCGGAUGGAAUUUUGACUCUCAAGACAGUGUUCGUUUAAGUUGAUCAUGUUUAUUUGAAACGCUUUGGUUUUCUUUUGGAGCUUGGAGGCACUCAACUUGCAAGGACACUGGUGGAUCUAAUACAGGGAAGGUUGGCUGCUGACCCUGUAAUAUGUUUGGUUACUGGUUAAGCUAAUUUUUCUAAUACCCGUUUCUGGGAAUUGUAACCUUGCUUUCCUGAACAAUCAGUCACUGAUCGAGCUAUUUGUAAAUUCUACAACAUUCUCUUCUUCAGACCAAGGUUUAGAAGAUGACUUGCCAAGACUUAGGCUUGGUCCGCCUGAUUUGACCACUGUAACAUGUAACGAAGCUGCCUAAUUUCAUGCAUAGCUGAAUUCUGGACGUUUGCAUGGUCCGGAGGUUAGAUGAGCAAGAGGAGGUAGAUCCUUGAUGAGGACCAUCAAGUUAUUCGUGUGGUGUGGAAGCACAGUAAUUUUUUGCAUACUCAAAUAAUUGUCGCGUCGCCUUUUCAUUGAUCUUGAGAAAAUGGGAUGAUUGUGUAUUGCAAUGAAAGAUACAAGAUGCACGAGGCAUGAAGUUCCUUUUAUCCACUUGGAAGGAGAUUUUCAUUGCUAAUGUAGUUUUUCCUUUUCACAGAUUCUUGGCUGCCUCUGCAUGAUUGUGCCUGUUCCCUUCCAUACUUUGGAGCUUGUCAUUGUUUACAUGCUCUUACCGUUUCAGGUGGCCCUUUGUCUGCUGGAAGAGGCGUUGUUGGUGGUCAACGUAUAGGAUCCAUAUUUGAUCCAUGUACAUCUGAUUCUCCAGAGCUGUCAGUCUGUUCGUUGGAUCUUAUACACUUACAAAAAAAUUUUCAUUGAUUUGCAGGCAGUGCCCAAGUUGGUUCCAUUCGCUCUGGCAAGGAAUUCACUCAAGUAUGGGUUCUGAAAACUUGCUCAAUUUGAUGCUUGUACCUGAGUCUUGCCAAAUGGACCAGACGACUCAGUCUCUCUAAAACCAAGAAAGAGAGGGUAAAAAUGGUUUCGAUAGAUGAUUGGUGGAACGAGAAUUACCAUGGAUGGUACUCACUAUAAGAUAUCAGUUCGUUCAAAGCUGGAUGGUUUGUGGAUUAUCAUCAGUACGGUUUCAUAAGCCAACAAGGGCUUCUGUUUACCUGGAUAAUACCUAAAUUUAAGAGGACCCAGAAGCACGGGAGUUUUCUUGCUGCUGUUCUCAUAAUUUGGUAAAGGUUAUUGUGUCUAAUUUCAACUUGUCUCAGAGAACCAAGUCUACAUUUGAAUGACUUCGAACUUCUUGGUUCA